AGAAUCUCUCCUUCGGCGCUUGCCCACUCCGCCGCCGCCCUCACGUCCCUCGGGAAACCUUCGGACUACAAGUCCCGGAAGGCUUCGGUCACUUAGCUCGGACUGCACGCGCGCGCACAGCUGCCCGCCGGAAGGACGGAGCCUGGCAGUGUUUAUCUCGUUGGGGACCGAGGCGUCGGUUGGCGCGCAACGGGUUCUAGGCUGCAGGCAGCGCGAGGACCCGCGGCCCCGCCCCGGCCCGGCCUGGCAGGUAGCAGAGGCAGCAGGCCGUGCCGGGGGGGCAUGUUGCUGUAACCAGUGGCCCAGGGGAUGUUACGGUGGACAGUGCACCUGGAGGGCGGGCCCCGCAGGGUGAACCAUGCUGCAGUGGCUGUUGGGCACCGGGUAUACUCCUUCGGGGGUUACUGCUCUGGUGAAGACUAUGAGACACUGCGUCAGAUAGAUGUGCACAUUUUCAAUGCAGUGUCCUUGCGUUGGACAAAGCUGCCCCCAGUGAGGCCCGCCAUCCGCGGGCAGGCUCCUGUGGUCCCUUACAUGCGAUAUGGACACUCAACCGUCCUCAUCGACGACAUGGUCUUCCUUUGGGGCGGGCGGAAUGACACCGAAGGGGCCUGCAAUGUUCUCUAUGCCUUUGAUGUCAAUGCUCACAAAUGGUCCACACCCCGAGUGUCAGGAACAGUUCCUGGGGCCCGGGAUGGACAUUCGGCUUGUGUCCUGGGCAAGAUCAUGUACAUUUUCGGGGGCUACGAACAGCUGGCGGACUGUUUUUCCAAUGACAUUCAUAAGCUGGAUACCAGCACCAUGACUUGGACCCUUAUCUGUACAAAGGGCAACCCUGCACGUUGGAGGGACUUCCACUCAGCCACAAUGCUGGGAAAUCACAUGUAUGUCUUUGGGGGCCGUGCUGACCGCUUUGGGCCAUUCCAUUCCAACAAUGAGAUUUACUGCAACCGCAUUCGCGUCUUUGACACCAGAACUGAGGCCUGGCUGGACUGUCCACCCACUCCAGUGCUGCCUGAGGGGCGCCGGAGCCACUCAGCCUUUGGCUACAACGGGGAGCUGUAUAUCUUUGGUGGCUAUAACGCAAGGCUGAACCGGCACUUCCAUGACCUCUGGAAGUUUAACCCUGUGUCCUUUAGCUGGAAAAAGAUUGAACCGAAGGGGAAGGGACCAUGUCCCCGCCGGCGCCAAUGCUGCUGUAUUGUUGGUGACAAGAUUGUCCUCUUUGGGGGUACCAGUCCAUCUCCUGAGGAAGGCCUGGGAGAUGAGUUUGACCUCAUAGAUCAUUCUGACUUACACAUUUUGGACUUUAGCCCUAGUCUGAAGACUCUGUGCAAACUGGCCGUGAUUCAGUAUAACCUGGACCAGUCCUGUUUGCCCCAUGACAUCAGGUGGGAGCUGAAUGCCAUGACCACCAACAGCAAUAUCAGUCGCCCCAUCGUCUCCUCCCAUGGGUAGGAGGAAGUUUCUGCCACUUUCCCUCCUAAGCCUGCUGUUGUCUUCACUGCCCCUGCCCAUCUCUCACCUGCCUGCCCCUUUGGACCCUGGACUCCGCAUACCUCCCCGUGGAGUUGUUGGACUAGAGGUGUUUUCUGUGCUGUGAAUUCAGUGGGGAGCUGCAGGGGUGGGAGGGCUAAGUUCCUCCCCUCCUUGGGCCGAGGGCCCCUUCCCCUUGGUGCUCUGUCCCCAUCCACCUCCCUCCAACUGCUCCUUGGGCCUCUGCUCUGCCCCAGGCCAGCUAGGCUCUGCUAGGAAGGGAAUGGGGAGAAGGGAGAAGCAAGCAGAGUCUGAGCCUCAGGAGCUUCCCCCUACCCCUACUCCCACUCCCACCUCCACCCCUUGCUUGAGCCGUGAGCAUUGACUGGGAGCUGAGAGGAGUUGCUGCUGUUGGCAUGAGACCUCCUUCUUCCCGACCUGCGGAGGUGGGGACCAGCAGAUAAUCCCACCCUUCCCUGAGCUGUUGCUGUACCCUGAAGCUCAGCCAGGUCAGAUUUUGUAAAAAUGAAUUAAAAUCUCCAAACGUG